UUUAAGGAUUUGUUUUUUUUGAAUUUUGGUAAAUUUAAAACCCCGACACGUUACUGAUUUGAGCUCCAGCUGUAGCAUCUUCUUUCUACUGCACAAUCAAGAAUUCUUCUGACCAAUAUACGACUCGUAAACCUUUCGUAAAGACUACUCAUUCAUCUUCGUCUUGCACGAUCUUUGUUCUUUCAACUUUAAUCAAUCGGCAUGUAAGGGAAUGAAAGAUCUGGAUUUAAGUCGAAAAUUAGGUUUUCUCGCAAUCAAAUAGCAAAAUGAGUGUUUCUCUGACUGUAAUGACCUUCAAUCUUCUUGAAGAUCAGCCAGACGAUAGUUCAAAUUGUUGGGAAAAGAGGAAAGAUUUGUGUGUUAGUGUUAUCACUAGUUACUCUCCAAUCAUCCUCUGCACUCAACAAGGUGUGAAGUCUCAAUUGGAGUAUCUUCAACAAUGCUUGCCAGGGUAUGAGCAAUUUGGGAUUUCAAGAAAAGGAUCCGAAGAUGUUUCAGAUCAGUAUUGCACCAUUUUCUAUGACAAGGAAAAGGUGGAGUUAUUAGAAGGAGGAACAUUUUGGUUAUCAGAAUCCCCUUCUGUUCCUGGAAGCAUGUCAUGGGGGAGUGAAUCUCCUUCCAUCGCCACAUGGGCAAUAUCCUUUUCAUGCAUAUAA